AUGAGUGUUCCUGACUACAUGCAGUGUGCCGAGGACCAUCAGACCCUCCUGGUUGUGGUUCAGCCCAUUGGCAUUGUACCUGAGGAGAGCUUUUUCAGGAUCUACAAGAGGAUUUCAGCAGUGAGCCAGGUUAACGUCCGCGACUCCCAGCGCGUGUUGUACAUCCGCUACAGGCACCACUACCCCCCAGAGAACAACGAGUGGGGGGAUUUUCAGACACACCGGAAAGUUGUGGGGCUGAUAACUAUUACAGACUGUCCUUCUGCCAAGGAGUGGCCUCAGACUUUUGAAAAAUUCCAUCUUCAGAAGGAGGUGUAUGGUUCCACUCUCUACGAUUCCCGGUUGUUUGUUUUUGGGCUUCAAGGGGAGAUUGCUGAGCAGCCCCGCACAGAUGUGGCCUUUUAUCCCAGUUAUGAUGAAUGUGAAACUGUGGAGAAGAGAAUAGAAGAUUUUAUCGAGUCUCUCUUCAUAGUGUUGGAGUCAAAGAGGCUUGACAGAGCCACUGAUAAGUCUGGAGACAAGAUCCCACUCCUCUGUGUUCCUUUCGAGAAGAAGGAUUUUGUAGGUCUGGACACUGACAGUAGACACUAUAAGAAGCGUUGUCAAGGCCGGAUGCGAAAGCACGUUGGGGACCUGUGCUUACAAGCUGGCAUGUUGCAAGACUCCUUGGUGCAUUAUCACAUGGCAGUGGAACUUCUGCGCUCUGUGAAUGACUUCCUGUGGCUUGGAGCUGCUCUUGAGGGGUUAUGCUCAGCCUCGGUCAUCUACCAUUAUCCAGGUGGUACUGGAGGUAAAGUUGGAUCUCGCAGGGCACAAGGAGGUUCACUUUCUGCUGAGGCAGGCAACAGGCACAGGCCAGGGGCACAAGAAGUUCUCAUUGAUCCAGGUGCACUGACUUCCAAUGGAAUAAAUGCAGACACCAGUGCUGAGAUAGGACGUGCCAAGAACUGCCUUAGUCCUGAAGACAUAAUAGAUAAAUAUAAAGAAGCCAUUUCUUACUAUGGCAAGUACAAGAAUGCUGGUGUGAUUGAACUGGAAGCCUGUGUGAAGGCCGUGAGAGUCCUUGCAAUACAGAAAAGGAGCAUGGAAGCCUCUGAGUUUCUUCAGAAUGCAGUUUAUAUCAAUCUCCGUCAGCUUUCAGAAGAAGAGAAGAUCCAGCGUUACAGCAUCCUUUCUGAGCUGUAUGAGCGAAUUGGUUUCCACCGCAAGUCGGCGUUUUUCAAGCGGAUCGCAGCCAUGCAGUGCGCUGCUCCCAGCAUCCCAGAGCCUGGCUGGAGGGCCUGCUACAAGCUGCUGCUGGAAACUCUCCCUGGAUACAGCUUAUCACUGGAUCCUAAGGAUUUCAGCAAAGGAACACACAGGGGCUGGGCUGCAGUGCAGAUGCGUUUGCUUCACGAGCUGGUGUAUGCAUCCAGAAGAAUGGGGAAUCCUGCUCUGUGUGUCAGGCAUCUCUCUUUUCUUCUGCAGACCAUGCUGGAUUUUCUUUCUGAUCAAGAAAAGAAAGAUGUAACACAGAGUUUGGAGAGCUACACAGCAAAGUGCCCUGGUACCAUGGAAUUCAUCACCCUUCCAGAUGGUUUGAAGUUACCUCCUGUUCCAUUCACCAAGCUGCCUAUUGUGAGAUCUGUGAAGCUGUUGAACCUCCCAACCAGUCUCCGACCUCACAAAAUAAAGAGUCUGCUUGGCCAGAACAUGUCAACCAAAAGCCCCUUCAUCUAUUCUCCAAUAAUCGCACACAGUCGAGGGGAAGAACGAAAUAAGAAAAUAGAUUUCCAGUGGGUCCAGGGAGAUGUUUGUGAAGUUCAGUUGAUGGUCUACAACCCUAUGCCUUUCGAGCUCCGAGUAGAAAACAUGGGUCUCUUGACAACAGGAGUAGAAUUUGAAUCUCUUCCUGCAGCUCUUUCUCUACCUGCUGAAUCUGGGCUCUAUCCAGUGACUCUCGUUGGUGUUCCUCAAACCACUGGGCAGAUCACUGUCAAUGGUUACCACACUUCAGUUUUUGGAGUCUUCAGUGAUUGCCUCCUGGACAAUCUGCCAGGAGUGAAGACCAAUGGCUGUUCUGUUGAAGUCAUUCCAGCUUUGCCAAGGCUGCAGAUCAGUACCUCCCUUCCAAGGUCUGCUCAUACACUUCAGCCUUCUUCAGGGGAUGAAAUCUCCACUAAUGUGUCUGUCCAGCUUUACAAUGGAGAGACCCAGCAGCUCAUCAUCAAGUUGGAAAAUAUUGGAACAGAACCUUUGGAGAAACUGGAGGUCACAGCAAAAACACUUAACACUAAGGAGAAGCUGUAUGGGGACUUCUUGAAUUGGAAUCUAGAAGAUACCCUCUCCCAGUUUCCUCUAAAACCUGGAAAAAUUGCAACAUUUACUGUAAACAUAAAAGUGAAACUGGACUUUUCAUGCCAAGAAAACCUUCUGCAAGAUCUCAGUGAUGAUGGAAUCAGUGUUAGUGGACUUCCACUCUCCAGCCCUUUUCGACAGGUUGUCAAACCAAGAGUAGAGACCAAACCUGUCAAUCCACAGGAAAGCAGCAAAGUUGGUGACUUCAGUCAUGUGAAGACACUGGAAGCCAUUUUGAAUUUUAAGUACUCUGGUGGACCAGGACAUGUUGAAGGAUAUUACAGGAACCUCUCCCUAGGCCUUCAUGUAGAAGUAGAGCCAUCUGUCUUCUUUACACGUGUCAGCACCCUUCCAGCAACGAGCACCCGGCAGUGCCACCUCCUUCUUGAUGUCUUCAAUUCCACAGAGCACGAGUUGACCAUCAGUGCCAGGAACAACGAAGACCUAAUCCUGCACGCCGGGGAAUGCCAGCGCAUGGCUAUCCAAGUUGACAAGUUCAGUUUUGAGAGCUUCCCAGAAUCCCCUGCUGAUGGGACCCAGUUUGCCAACGCAAAGCAGCUGGAAGAAGAAAGGCAACAAGCAAAAGGUCUGGAGAUUAACAGCAAGCUGGAUAUUUGCUGGAAAAUUCCUUCCUUGAAGCGUGAAGGGGAAGCAAGUGUGGAAGGUGUUCUUAAUCAGCUGGUCCUGGAGCAUCUACAGUUGGCUCCUCUCCAGUGGGACAUCCUGGUGGACGGGAAGCUCUGCGACUGCGACGUCGUGGUGGACUGCAAAGUGGGGGACCCCAUCCCGCUGGAGGUGAAGCUGACCAACUGGAGCAAGCACAGCGUGGGGCCCUUCGCUCUCACCGUGACACCCUACCAGGAUUACCAGAACGGGGUGCACAACUAUGAGCUGCAAGAUGCCAUCACCUUCGUGGGCUCCAACACCUUCUACAUCGACUCGGUGAAGCCAACCAAAGACUCCGUGUACUUUGGAGCACUUCUCUUCCUCUACACGGGUGAUUUCUACCUGAACAUCAAAUUCCAUGAAGACAACUGCAGCAAGGAGCUGCCUCUCUCCUGGUUCUGCCUUCCCAGUGUCCACAUCCGUGCUAUGGAGCCUGUGGUCUAA